CGGAAGGCUGCUCGCUUCUUUAUGCCGGAAGUUGCCCCUCUUUCUUCCCCUUCCUCUCCCCCCACAGGCCCCGGAAACGCGCGCAGAUUCCCGAGUUAUUGUGCGCGGGAGAGAGCAAGAUGGCGGCUAAUAUGUACCGGGUGGGAGAUUAUGUCUAUUUUGAGAAUUCUUCCAGUAACCCAUAUCUCAUCAGGCGAAUAGAGGAACUUAACAAGACGGCAAAUGGCAAUGUAGAAGCAAAGGUUGUAUGUUUAUUCCGCCGCAGGGAUAUAUCCAGCAGUCUGAACAGUCUUGCUGACAGUAACGCACGAGAGUUUGAGGAUGAAUCAAAGCAGCCAACCGUUGGAGAGACCCAUAGACACCAGUUAAAACAUCGGGAGCUUUUCUUAUCCCGUCAGUUUGAAUCACUGCCAGCAACGCAUAUAAGGGGGAAGUGCAGUGUGACUCUUCUGAAUGAAACAGACAUCCUAAGCCAAUAUUUGGAGAAGGAGGAUUGUUUCUUUUAUUCGCUGGUGUUUGAUCCAGUUCAGAAGACUCUACUAGCAGAUCAGGGGGAAAUCCGUGUUGGUUCCAAAUAUCAGGCUGAGAUUCCUGAUCAGCUGGCAGAGGGAGAACCUGAUAACCGAAACCAGCAGAAAAUGGAGAUCAAAGUUUGGGAUCCAGAGAAUCCUUUGACAGACAGACAGAUUGACCAGUUUCUAGUGGUUGCAAGGGCUGUUGGAACCUUUGCAAGAGCUUUAGAUUGCAGCAGUUCAAUCAGACAGCCGAGUUUACACAUGAGUGCUGCAGCAGCAUCUCGUGACAUCACACUGUUUCAUGCCAUGGAUACACUACAGAGGAAUGGGUAUGACCUUGCCCGUGCAAUGUCAACACUGGUACCUCAGGGGGGGCCAGUACUUUGCAGGGAUGAGAUGGAAGAAUGGUCAGCAUCGGAGGCUAUGCUUUUUGAGGAAGCACUGGAGAAAUAUGGCAAGGACUUCAAUGACAUCCGGCAAGACUUUCUCCCUUGGAAAUCUCUUGCUAGUAUCGUUCAGUUCUAUUACAUGUGGAAAACUACAGACCGAUACAUCCAGCAGAAACGCCUGAAGGCAGCUGAGGCUGACAGCAAACUGAAACAAGUGUACAUCCCCACCUAUACGAAACCCAACCCCAAUCAAAUAAUUUCUGUGGGCUCUAAGCCAGGUCUUAACGGAGCUGGAUUCCAGAAGGGUCUGACCUGUGAGAGCUGUCAUACCACAGUCUCUGCUCAGUGGUAUGCUUGGGGUCCCCCCAAUAUGCAGUGUCGACUCUGUGCUUCCUGCUGGAUCUAUUGGAAGAAAUAUGGUGGUCUUAAAACCCCAACACAAUUGGAGGGAGCAGCACGGAACAUAGGAGAACCACAUUCCAGGGGCCAUCUUUCUCGUCCAGAGGCUCAGAGUUUGUCCCCAUACACUACCAGCGCUAACCGUGCUAAACUGCUGGCGAAAAACCGUCAGACCUUUCUGCUGCAGACUACCAAGCUGACUCGCAUUGCACGGCGUAUGUGUAGAGACAUCCUUCAGCCAAGGAGAGCUGCACGCCGGCCUUAUGCCCCAAUCAACUCAAACUCAAUUAAAGCAGAAUGUUCUGUUCGCCUUCCUAAAGCAUCAAAGACCCCUCUGAAAAUACUGCCCCUUGUGCGCCCUUCCUUGGCAGCUAUUGUGAAGGAGCUAGCGGCCCAGGCUCCUCUUAAGCCGAAAACCCCACGUGGGACAAAGACCCCAAUAAAUAGGAACCAGCUAUCGCAGAGUAGAGGGCUGAGUGUGCUACCUCCAAAAAGAGCAUUUGAUGCACAGGUGUCUGGUGUGGGUGUCAUUCCUCCAUUCUCUUCAAAUGGCCGCUCGUUCUCUUCAGGUGUCCGUUCUAGCUCUCAGCCCGGUGUCAAGAGACAGAAGCUCAACCUUGCCGAUGCCCCCAAUCCAGUGGUGUUUGUGGCUACUAAAGACACAAGAAGUCUCAGGAAAAACCUCACACACAUGGAGAUGCGUAGAGCUGCUCGUCGUCCAAGUCAACCAGUGAAGUUAAAGGUCCCACUCCCGCCACGGCCUACAAACAUCCUGCCUCCACUCAAUCCAGCCCAUCCUGCCAGUACAAGCGAGCCCAUAGUUCUGGAGGACUGAGGGACCUUUUAAACAGUUACCCAGUUGUGAGAGAAUACAGCCCUGGUACCAAUUACCUAGCCAGGCAAUUAUGCUGACGAACAGAGGGACAUUAAAAAGAAAGAACCCAUGCUCCUCCUUGUUCUGCUUUCCAGCAACAGUAUCUGGUUAUGGCUUAUUUCUCUACAGUCCUUUCACUUACUUUCCUCCCAAACUCCUUUUUAUUUUUAAUAUAUAUUUUUUCAUGUAACUACCCUGUUUGUUCAUAAGCCCUUCCAACCCCUUCUUCUGACCCCUAUAUACUGGGUUUUUUUUUGUUUGUUUUUUUUUUUUAAUUCUUGUUUAGUUUAUGCUUUUUUGUACGAGAAAAAAAAUGAGCUGUCCAUCAGUAAAAUGAGGAAAGAGGUUAUACACAGCUUUGUGUGGAUGGUGGCUUUUCAGGUAGAAGGGGAACAUGGAGCUUUGUACUGCAGGCAUUUUUGUGGAUUUAAUAAAAGGUCAGAAGUCAUAACAUCGUACUUGAUAGAGAGGCUGACAAGGCCUUUAUCUGGAAAUCUAAUAAGUGAAUAAAGCACACAAAAUGUUCUGCAGGUUCAGGUCAGAGCACAUUUGAUGGUGUUGGGUAAUUUUUAUGGAGUGUGUGAUAAAAAGCUGAAGUGGAUACGUAUCCUUACAUGAAACUGCUGGAUUUAGCACGUGAAGGUUUCAAGCUCUAAAUGGGCUGCUUUCUGCCGCUGCUGGGUGAGCCAUAGCUGUCCCAUAGGAGCGAACCAUAUUGAGCCAGAGGAGUUGUACAAGAGACAUCUGGUCUUCCUUCUUUACCUGUGUGUGUGUAAGAAAGAUCUUUUUUUUACUUCUGAACAAUCCUCAGGGUCAUAAAUAUCAUAGAAAUGAAGAAGCUGCAGAACAUGAUUGGAGCUCGGUAAAUUCCCAGGGCCAGUACUGUUACAGAUUCUCUUGCAAGGGGGACUUUUCUAUUUCAGAGCUUAUAUUACACAUGCUCACAUGACAGUGGCUGUUCAAUUAAAGGCAAUUGCCAGCAA